CGUAAUGAGUCACUCGGCGCUCAUCUCCUCGACCUCUCAUUAUAUUAGUAUCCUCGACUAGAUCAACUAUCCUCAAAGCCAAUCUACCAACUUCAAAUUAUCAACGAUUGAGAGAGCAUUAUGGCCGUGGGCAUAAAGCGGAAGCGCACUGGCGAAAAUGUAGACGCCACUAUACUUCUACCGCAAAAGAUAGCGAAGCCUAUCCCCAAUGACGUCGCGCUUAAAGAAGAAGAAUCCACUUCUGUUCCUGAAGAUAUGGAGCCUCAAUUAAAACGCAUUACAGAAUCAGACCGUACUCCCUUCGAAAAGAAAGUGUGGAGCCUUCUAUGCCAAAUACCCCGUGGUCACGUAUCAACGUACGCCCUACUCGCGGCGCAUCUAGGCUCGUCCCCACGGGCUGUAGGGAACGCGCUUCGGCGGAACCCAUUCGCACCCGAAGUGCCGUGCCACCGGGUGGUGGCGACAGGAGGUGCCUUAGGUGGGUUCAAGGGAAAGUGGCCUAAGGACGGCGAAGGCAUCACUCUCGAUGAAAAGCGGAAGCUUCUUCGUGGGGAGGGCAUAAGACUAGAUGAUAAGGGCAAGGUACUAGGCACGCCGUGGGCAGCAUUUGUUUAAUUGGAUCAUGUAGGGAUGAGCAUGGAAGGUUUUAAGACGACUUUUUAAGGGGGGAUAUCUAGUCUAAUUAAUACCACACGUGGUCUCAGAUCGGAUGAAAGAAGUCUUAUCAAUGGUGAUGUACAGGUUUGCUUGAUAAUGAGAGAUCCAUCUCAUGUAAGUGAAAUUGUGAGCAGAUUUUCAUUGAAAAA